CAGAAUCAAGCACCGGAACUCUCCGUUUUAUAAUAAAUAAAUAACUGUCUUGUGUGUCUGGAGAUGAAGUGUAUGUCUUCUCGUCUGGUCGUUAUGGAUGUGUUUCAGGGCUAUCUGUGGAAGAAGGGUCACCUGCGCAGGAACUGGACGGAGCGCUGGUUCUGUCUGAAGCCCGGCUCGCUCUCGUACUUCACCAGCGAGGACUGCAGGGACUGUAAGGGCGUCAUCGAGAUGGACCAGAACUGCUGCGUGGAGGUGCUGUCGGACCGAGACGGGAAGAGAUGCAUGUUCUGUGUGAAGACGCUUAAUAAAACCUUCGAGAUCAGCGCGCCCGACUCCAGACAGAGACAGGAGUGGAUCACGG